AUGGAGCCUGGCUCACGGCGCGAGAAGCGUGGCCCCCUCCUGGGGCUAGAAGCCACAAGCAGACCCCUGGAGGAGACGGAACUCAGACCCUGUGAAAUCCAGCGUGACCUCAGGGAGGGCAGCUUUGGUGAAGAACCGUUUUCCCCAUCCCUCCCUAUUACACUCAUUCUUUUAGGGAUUCUUCGUUGUCAAGCCGCCAAAGUGGAGAGUGUGAUUGCAGAAGGGGGUGCUUCUCGUUUCAGUGCUUCUUCGGGGGGAGGAGGUGGUAGGGGUGCACCUCAGCACUUUCCCAAGACUGUCGGCAACAGCGAGUUCCUGGGGAAAACCCCAGGGCAAAGCGUUCAGAGAUGGGUUCCUUCACGAAGCACUAGACGAGAUGUCAACUCCAGCAACGAAAAAGAGCGACAUGAUGCAAUCUUCAGGAAAGUGAGAGGCAUACUCAACAAACUCACUCCGGAGAAGUUUGACAAGCUAUGCCUUGAGCUGCUGAACGUGGGCGUAGACUCCAAACUCGUCCUCAAAGGAAUCAUCUUGCUGAUUGUGGACAAAGCCCUAGAAGAGCCAAAGUACAGCUCCCUCUAUGCUCAGCUAUGUCUGCGUUUGGCCGAGGACGCACCAAACUUUGAUGGCCCUUCCCCCGAGAUCCAAACAUCCCAAAAACAGAGCACAACCUUCAGAAGACUGCUGAUCUCCAAGCUUCAAGAUGAAUUUGAAAACCGCACCAGAAAUGUUGAAAUCUACGACAAACAUGACAACCCCCUCACGACGGAGGAGGAGGAACAGCGCGCCAUCGCCAAGAUCAAGAUGCUGGGAAACAUUAAAUUCAUCGGGGAACUUGGCAAACUCGACCUCAUCCACGAGUCUAUCCUUCAUAAGUGCAUCAAAACACUUCUGGAAAAGAAGAAGAGAGUGCAGCUCAAAGACAUGGGCGAGGACCUGGAGUGCCUCUGUCAGAUAAUGAGAACCGUGGGGCCCCGACUCGACCACGAGAAAGCAAAGUCUCUCAUGGACCAGUACUUUGGCCGUAUGCGCUCCUUAAUGAACAACAAGGAGCUGCCAGCGCGGAUCCGUUUUCUGCUGCAGGACACGGUGGAGCUGAGGGACAACACCUGGGUCCCGCGAAAAGCCUUCCUGGACAACGGACCCAAGACCAUCACGCAGAUCCGCCAGGACGCCGUCAAAGAUUUGGGCGUGUUCAUCCCGGCGCCCAUGUCUCAGGGGAUGAGGAUGGACUUCUUCCUGGAGAGCCCCUUCAUGCCAAACCGCCUCAAACUGGACCGCGAGACUCUGGGCGGGCUGGCCGACAUGUUUGGGCAGAUGCCAGGCAGUGGGAUCGGCACCGGCCCGGGCGUGAUCCAGGACCGAUACUCCCCCACCAUGGGACGUCACCGCGCCAACCCCCUCUUCAACGGACACAGCAUGGCCCCCCCUCCACAGAACCAGUACGAGCUGAGCAACAAGGCCUUCGCCAAGUCCAACCAGGUGCAGAACCAGCACUUCCAGAACCAGAACCAGAACCUCCUGGCCCAGCAGCAGGCGCAGUCCAAAGACCUGCCUCCACGCUUCAGCAAGAAGGGCUCUCUGAAUGUCGAUGAGAUCAGCCUGAGACCGGCACAGUCUUUCCUGCUCAACAAGAACCAGGUGCCCAAGCUCCAGCCGCAGAUCCCCAACAUGAUGCCCCCGAGUGCGCAGCCGCCCCGCACCCAGACCCCUCCACUGGGACAGCCUCCACAGCUAGGACUGAAGACCAACCCUCCACCGAUCCAGGAGAAGCCUCCGAAAAUUAGCAAGAAGCCUCCACCGGCUCGAGAGGAGCUCAUCAAGAUGACCGAGGCCAUCGUGACGGACUUCCUGAACACUCAGAACCUGCCGGAAGCCCUCUCUGCUCUCCGCGACAUGCGGGCCCCCAAACACUUCCUGCCCGAGCUGCUGUGCAAAGUGCUCAUGUGUUCCCUGGACAGACCCGACGCCGACAAGGAACACGCCAGCACCCUGAUCCACGGCCUGCGGAGCGAGGGGCUGGUGUCUGCAGAGAACUUCAUGCAGGCCUUUCUGAGCGUCCUGGACCAGUGCCCUAAGAUUGAGCAGGACGUGCCUCUGGUGAAGUCGUACUUGGCCCAGUUCGCUGCUCGGGCCGUGAUUGCCGAGCUGGUGACGGUGGCGGAGCUGGCCCAUCCCCUGGAGAACGGCACGCACUUCCCCCUGUUCCUGCUCUGUCUCCAACAAGCUGCCAAGCUCAAGGACAAGGAGUGGCUGACCGACCUGUUCACCCAGAGCAAAGUCAACAUGCAGAAGAUGCUCCCAGAAAUCGACCAGAACAAGGACCGCAUGUUGGAGAUCCUGGAGGGGAAGGGCCUGAGCUUCCUGUUCCCUCUGCUGAAGCUGGAGAAAGAGCUGCUGAAGCAGAUCACUGCUGAUCCGUCUCCACAGUCCAUCUACAAGUGGAUCAAGGACAACAUCUCCCCCAAGCUGCACACGGACAAGGGCUUCGUCAACAUCCUCAUGACCAGUUUCCUGCAGUACAUCUCUCAGGAGCUGUCUGUCUCUGUGGACGACCAGACGGUCUGUAAGGAGCAGCUGGAGCAGGAGAAGCUGCUGCUCCUCUCCUUCAAACCUGUGAUGCAGAAGUUCCUCCACGACCACACAGAGCUGCAAGUGAGCGCGCUGUACGCCCUGCAGGUGCACUGCGGCGGCCACUGCUUCCCCAAAGGAAUGCUGCUACGAUACUUUGUUCACUUCUACGACAUGGAGAUCAUCGAGGAGGAGGCCUUCCUCGCCUGGAAAGAAGACAUCAGUCAGGAGUUCCCCGGGAAAGGGAAGGCUCUGUUUCAGGUGAACCAGUGGCUGACGUGGCUGGAGACUGCUGAGGAGGAGGAGUCUGAAGACGAAGGCGACUGA